UCAGUUGAUUCACAACCUAUGAUGGAGGAGACCAUAGUGGUCGGUGACGAUCUAAUGAUGGGUCCUCCAUCUCCUGUCAUCCCUCCUGAAAUUGCUUCACAUGUGCUUGAAGGUGUUGAAUUGUGUGAUGGGAUUUUGAGGAAUCUAUUCUUAUGUUUGCAAAUCAAUGAUAUUGAACCAUUUUGCCAAGAUGAGCUUGCCUUGUAUCGACAAUGUGCUGAAAACAGGGAAAAGGUAUUAAGAGUAAGACUUCAAGAGAGCGAACACAAGUUAGGAUCGUCUAUGCCUAUUGAUCUUGCUAAGGAACGGAUUACUCAGCUUGAAGCUGAAGCCACAUCACUACAGAGGCACUUGAUUCUAGCAAGUGGAGCUGAAGGGAUUGAAGGAUUUCGUAAAAGAUGGAGUUUGCACGGUCGGGUGACUGAUACCAAAAAACAACUGGAGUCACUGAAGCAGGGAAUGGAGAAUAGGACAAUAGCUGAACAUGAGCAAUCCCUAAAACCACCUUCUACUUUGGAAAAGAUGGUUCUUUUGGUGAGUUUUUAUGAACCUUUUUCGACAUAA